AUCUCCCCACCAAAGUCUCAAUUUGAAUAGUGUGCUGUCUUAUUUUUGCCCCCAAAGACAGUCAGAUGAAACUAAGCCCUUAGCAGCUAUCCUUACUGGCAUAUGAUACUGUCUGUAUACACACUGCAAAUGUGGGCCCUUCCUUCCUUUCCUAACCACCCCCUUCAUCCUAUCCCUGACUCCCUCCCUUAUCCAGAUUUUCCAGCCACUGCUGGAGUCGACUUCCGCAAUCCUCACAGAAUAAAUCUAGCACCCUUAGUCUUCCACUCACGGUAGCUACACUUCCUGUCUGCAACGAGCCUAGACAACAGAUUCUCCACAGCAGGAUGUGGGUGUUCAAGUUGCUGCUGCUACCCAUGGUGAGCUUUGCUCUAUACCCGGAGGAAAUGCUGGGCACCCAGUGGGAGCUCUGGAAGAAGACCCACAGGAAGCAGUACAACAGCAAGGUGGAUGAAAUCUCUCGGCGUUUAAUUUGGGAAAAAAACCUAAAGCAAAUCUCUGUCCAUAAUCUUGAGGCCUCUCUUGGUGUCCAUACAUAUGAACUGGCUAUGAAUCACUUGGGAGACAUGACCAGUGAAGAAGUGGUUCAGAAGAUGACUGGACUCAGAAUACCGCCCUCGCGUUCCUACAGUAAUGACACUCUCUAUACCCCAGAGUGGGAAGGCAGAGUCCCCGACUCUGUCGACUAUCGAAAGAAAGGAUAUGUUACUCCAGUCAAAAACCAGGGCCAGUGUGGUUCCUGCUGGGCUUUCAGCUCUGCCGGUGCCCUGGAGGGCCAACUCAAGAAGAAAACUGGGAAACUCUUAGCUCUGAGUCCCCAGAAUCUUGUGGACUGUGUGUCUGAGAAUUACGGCUGCGGAGGCGGCUAUAUGACCACUGCCUUCCAAUACGUGCAGCAGAAUGGAGGCAUUGACUCUGAAGCCUCUUACCCAUAUGUGGGGCAGGAUGAAAGCUGUAUGUACAACGCCACAGCGAAGGCAGCUAAAUGCAGAGGGUACAGAGAGAUCCCUGUCGGCAACGAGAGAGCCCUGAAGAGAGCAGUGGCCCGGGUGGGACCCAUCUCUGUGUCCAUCGAUGCGAGCUUGCCAUCUUUCCAGUUUUACAGCAGAGGUGUGUACUAUGAUGAAAAUUGUGACCGUGAUAAUGUGAACCAUGCAGUGCUCGUGGUGGGCUACGGCACCCAGAAGGGAAGCAAACACUGGAUCAUUAAGAACAGCUGGGGAGAAGGCUGGGGAAACAAAGGGUAUGUUCUCUUGGCCCGAAACAAGAACAACGCCUGUGGCAUUACCAAUCUGGCCAGCUUCCCCAAGAUGUGAGUGGUGCCAGCCGGCUGUUCCUUCUCACAUUCCUUCCUCAACGGUGCAAGACGAUGGUGGCCUUGGAAGGGACUCCGCACGCAUGCCCGGGGUUCCUGAGAGGAACAUUGAUGCUGAGGUUGUCUCAUGUCUCCUCUUACUGGUGCGUCCCGUGACACCUCUGCUUCCCUCUUCUCCACCCUGAGCCCUUUUCUUUGUGGACACGACAAGGCAUUUUCUGAGAGUCGUGGACUCUGCUGGUAGAUGCUGGAGUCCUCCAGCAGCCUGGAGGACUGAGGGACCCUCCCAAGCCCCUGUCUUCUAUAUAUACCAGUGCACAAUUCAGUCUUCCUCUGAGAGGCACAAAUCUAUCCAAGAUUCUUUGUGACAAAUUUACAUGAUAUAAAAAAUUGUGUGUUUCCUUCUUUGCAUUUGAAAUAAAGUAUCUCUCACUUACAAUU